AUGAUGCUGGCGCUGGGGUCCCCUUCGGGGGAGCGGGCGCGGCACGCCCUGCGGCUCGCGGGGGAGGACCCGUCCAACCUCCCGCCCCUGGAUUACGGCGAGGUCGACGCCUCCUUCAAGCUGGGCGAGCUCGGCUGCUGGUGCGACACCGACCGCCACCUGCCGACCAGCGGCGUGCAGUUUGAGGGCGUGUGGAUCACCUGCGACGCCUGCGAUCGAUGGUGCCACGCCGAGUGUGCCGGGCAGGAGAGCGGCCUCUACAUGUGCCCGCCCUGCCUCGAGCAGGGCGAGGAGGAGGAGGAGCACGAUGGCAAACCGGUGCACAACCAAGGGCUGGCCACCUCCGUAUCCAUCAUGGUGAAGCCAAUGGGCCAAAAAGGGAGAACGCUCCCCUCCCAGGUGGCCGGAGGGUACACCUCGGGUCGGCGUGCUGGGGGGGGCGCCGGUGCGCAAGCCCACUUUCCGGGCGACCCCGAGGGGGAGGAGGCCGGGCGAGUGGCAGCAAUUCACUGUUAG